GACUUCUGAUGGUGGAAAGACAGUUGGUACCAUUGAAGUCAGUCUUGUGAAGAUGGGAGAGCUAGAGGAUGGGGAAACGGACCACAUUGCAACAGAUGCCCAGGAUCAAAAGUGUGCACUGGUUCGUGAAUGUACAGCCACUGAAGGCAUAAGUGGUAAAGACAACUUGCCUUCAUUAAAUGCAGUGUUAAAAAACCCGAUCUGUAAGUUAUAUAGAUUCCCUACUUCUGACAACAAGUGGAUGCGGAUUCGGGAACAGAUGGCUGAGACCACUCUCUCUUUCCAUGUUCCUAAAGAACUGAUCAAUCUGCACAUAAAGGAGGACAUGAGAAGGAAUCAGGAACUGAAAGACUUGGGAGAACUUGCUCCUCACUGGGACAAUAUGCGCAAAAGUGUUAUUGCUCACUGUGAUCAGAUGUUGAGCAUGUACCAAGAUACUCUUGCAGAGCUUGGGAAGCAUACAGGUUCUUCCUUCAAAUCAAGCUGUAGCAAAGGAGAGAAGACAUUAGAAUUCAUCCCAAUAAAUCUUCAUCUGCAAAGAAUGCAUGUGCAUAGUCCUCGAUUAAAAGAUGCUCUGUAUGAUGUCAUCACCGUGGGAGCCCCAGCAGCCCAUUUCCAAGGAUUUAAGAAUGGUGGUCUCCGAAAACUGCUCAGUAAAUUUGAGGCAGAAAGACGGAAUACUGGAUACCAGUGUAUUUACUAUUCACCUGAAAACACGGCCAAGGCAAAAGAAGUUCUCAGCAACAUCAAUCAUCUACAACCUCUCAUAUCAAGCCAUGCAGACCUGCUGCUUAAUUCUGCAAGCCAGCAUUCUCCAGACAGUUUGAAGAAUUCUUUAAAGAUGCUUUCAGAAAAAACAGAGUUGUUUGUGCAUGCAUUUAAGGAUCAGCUGGUCAGAAGUGCCCUUUUAGCACUAUACACAGCCCGGCCUGGCUGUGUCCUGAAGAAACCAGCUGUGCCUCGAAACACUGCAGAAGAGGGGGGUGAUUUACAGCAUCAGGAUCAUCCUUCCCAGGUUAAAAGACAGGACUCUAUACCCCAUCAUUCCGAGUAUGAUGAGGAAGAGUGGGACAGGGUGUGAAAGAGUUUAAACUGCGUUAUUGCCAUGGUGGACAGACUGCUUGAAAAAGACAACAUCAGCAACGUUAAAGAGGGUGAAAAUGACCCUUCAGCAGCAGAUUGUAAGGUGUUGCAUACAGGUGGUGACUGGUAUGAACAGCUUUAUCCCCUGGUGAUUACACUGAAGGACUGCAUGGGAGAGGUGGUGACCAGGGCGAAGCAGUCGAUGGCGUUUGUUUUGCUCCAGGAACUUGCCUGUGGUUUGCCACAAUGUUUGAUGCUGACCCUAAGAAGAGACAUCGUCUUUAGUCAAGCG